GGGCGUCUGGAAGCAGCACCGAAUCACUUUUUAAGUCUCCAGCAACUGAACUCCGCCCAUUGCUGUGUUCUCACUGAAGUGGAGGCAGCAUCACAGAUCUCCAGCGUCAGAUCAACCCGCAUUUAAAGCGCGCACUUCACUUCCACCGCGACGGAUGAAAAGACCUGCCUGAGCCACGACUUAAAGGAAAAAUGUUUUUACGACAUGGCAUUAAAAUGUGCAUCUUUAUUCUUAAAGGGAAGAAAGAAAGCAUUGACUUCUUCAUCAAUCUCAGCAAAAUGAAGAGACCACUCUCUGUUGCUGGCAUCUUGAAGGGAACCCCUGAAUAGGCAGCGGGACAGGGCAGCUCCCCCUCUGCUCGCCGUGGAAAAACCCCCAAUUCAGACCGUGCUUUGGACACCGCGGCUCGCCCCGAUGGGUUGUCUCAACCUCACCAGCAGAAACGAGACUUUGCCCGGCAAACAGCCCUUCGCCGUGCAGACCUCGGCGAUGCUCACCGUCCUGGUGGGCGUGCUCAUUUUGACAACCGUGUUCGGCAACGUCAUGGUGGUGAUCGCGGUGAUCACAAGCCGGUCCCUGAAGGCCCCCCAGAACUUGUUCCUGGUCUCUCUGGCGUGCGCGGACAUCCUGGUUUCCACUUUGGUGAUGCCCUUCUCCUUGGCGAACGAACUCAUGGGCUACUGGUACUUUGGCACGGUGUGGUGUGAAAUCCACCUGGCUUUGGAUGUCCUCUUUUGCACCUCAUCCAUCGUUCACCUGUGUGCCAUAAGCCUGGACAGGUACUGGUCCGUGACCAAAGCCAUCGAGUACAACCUGAAACGGACGCCUCGCCGGAUAAAGUGCAACAUCUGUUUAGUUUGGGUGCUCGCGGCCUUGAUUUCGUUCCCUCCGCUCAUAACGAUGACGAAGAAGGACGGGGGGAAGGACAAUCCCGUGUGCAAGAUCAAUGAGGUGAAAUGGUACAUCAUAUUCUCAAGCACUGCGUCCUUCUUCGCGCCCUGCGUCAUUAUGGUUAUGGUGUAUGUCCGGAUCUACCAGGUGGCCAAGAAAAGAACGAGAGCCUCGCCAGGACAGAGGCAAAGAGAGAACGGCGACUUAGAGGACACCAAACUGGGCAUGGACCCUCUGGAAAAACAGGGAAAAGAAAGAGACGAACUGAAAGAUGGAGAAGAGAUCUGCGGGUUGGAUUUGGAGGAAGAGCCAUCCUCCUCCGACGGGAACGAAAACGUCCUGUGUUCCCUGAGGAAAAAGAGGAGUGGGAGAACAUCCAAAGUGACUCAGGUGAAACCGAAAGAAAGUUGUCCGAAGACGGAGGAUCUGUCCUCUGCGAGAGCGAGCAAGUGGAAGGGGAGGCAGUACAGAGAGAGGCGCUUCACCUUCGUCCUGGCUGUGGUCGUGGGAGUGUUUGUUCUCUGCUGGUUCCCCUUUUUUUUCACCUACACGCUCGCAGCAGUUUGUGACACGUGCUGCAUCCCAGAGACGCUGUUCAAAACCUUCUUCUGGUUCGGUUACUGCAACAGCUCGCUAAAUCCUGUCAUAUACACCAUAUUCAAUAAAGACUUCAGGAAGUCAUUUAAAAAAAUCCUUUGCAAAAGGAACAUAGGAGGUUUGUAAUUUUAUUUUUGACAUAUGUGCAUUAUGCCUGUUUUGCAACUUCUAUUACUUUGUUGCAGCAUGCUAGUCUAUUUAGAGUUUUGAUACUGUAUAACUGUGACAUACUGGAUGAAUAUAU